AUAAAGAUUUACCGUCUAAAGCUAAAUGUGGCAUUCAAAGUUAGACUCUACUGUACAGUCUCUCAACGAAUAGUUAUGAAUGUCAUGCAAACACUCAGCUCUGCACCUUUAAAUCUCUCCGCUCCUCCCUCUCCUCAAUGACAAGCCCACAGAGCCUCUUUAACGCAUCCAGUGGAAAUGACAAACCAGAGGCGCUACUCGGGCCAGCAUGUUAAACACUAACGAUAAUCAUGGGCUUUAGCGACAACAGCAACUCACUCUCAACUCGCAUCCUAAGACACUAACAAGGCAAUCUUUCGGCUCGUGUUUUUUUUUUUUUUUUUUUUUUGGUUUGUCGGUCUGCGGGACGCGCCAAAAGUUGGAGCGGGUAUCGCCAAAUGGACGUCGAUGGACUGGAAUGAAACCUCCACUUCUAUCGGACUGAAGGAAGGAGGGAAAGAAACCUCUGCAUGUUCAAGUUUCCUGCUCCGACCAGAGGGGCAUCAGUGUGUGCGUGUUGGAUGCGGGUGCGUGUGUGGAAGUGUGUGUUGGGUGCGUGUGUGUGCGCGCUCGCAGGACCAGCAGCAGCAGCAGCAGCAGCGGCGGUGGCGGCGGCGGUGGUGGUGGCCGCGGGAAGGGAAGUUUAGCGCCGUGAUUUUUCUUCUUUCCCUCUAUUCUGUUGUAUUAUUUCUCAUGUCACACCAGAGGACGGGCGGAUUAACGUUUCCCUGAUGAAAAUUAAUCAUCUGUGGAGAGGCUCUGUGAUCGUGACUAUGAUGAUGAUGUCGAGUAAGAGCGUGGAGUGGCUGCAGGAGGAGCUGGAGUCCGGGGCCAGCUCUCUGCUGCUGCUGGACUGCAGACCCCAUGAGCUGUACGAGUCCUCGCACAUCGAGUCGGCCAUCAACCUGGCCAUCCCGGGCCUCAUGCUCCGGAGGCUGAAGAAGGGCAACCUCCCCAUCCGCUCCAUCAUCCCCAACAACGAGGAUAAGGAGAAAUUUGUCAAGCGGUGCAAGACGGACGUGGUGGUUCUGUACGACGAGGCGACCCCGGAGCGGCAGGAGUCCGGGCUGGGGAGCUCCGUGCUGGGGCUGCUCCUGCAAAAACUGCGGGACGACGGGUGCAAGGCUUUCUAUCUGGAGGGGGGCUUCAACAAGUUCCAGUCGGAGUACCCUGAGCACUGCGAGACCAAUUUGGACUGCUCCUGUCCCAGCAGCUCCCCACCAGCCUCCGUCCUCGGCCUGGGAGGACUCCGCAUCAGCUCCGACUGCUCAGACGGGGAAUCUGACCGCGAGCCGGGCAGCGCCACAGAGUCUGAGGGCAGCCCGCUCCCCAACAACCAGCCAGCGUUUCCCGUCCAGAUCCUGCCGUACCUUUACCUGGGCUGUGCCAAAGACUCCACCAACCUGGAUGUGCUCAGCAAGUACAAUAUCAAGUACAUCCUCAACGUGACGCCCAACCUGCCCAACAUGUUUGAACACGAAGGGGACUUCAAGUACAAACAGAUCCCCAUCUCCGAUCACUGGAGCCAGAACCUCUCUCAGUUUUUCCCCGAGGCCAUUUCAUUCAUUGACGAGGCGCGCUCCAAAAAGUGCGGCAUCCUGGUGCACUGUCUGGCCGGGAUCAGCCGCUCGGUGACGGUCACGGUGGCCUACCUGAUGCAGAAGCUCAACCUGUCGCUCAACGAUGCGUACGACUUCGUCAAGCGGAAAAAGUCCAACAUUUCCCCCAACUUCAACUUCAUGGGCCAGCUCCUGGACUUUGAGCGGACGCUGGGCCUCAACAGCCCCUGCGACAACCGCUCGACCUCCCCAACGCACGACCAGCUCUUCUUCACCACCCCGACCAAUCACAAUGUGUUUCAACUGGACACGCUGGAGUCCACAUGAAAUUUAGACGGGGGGAUUGUCCCUUUUUUAAGGGGGGUCAAGGUGGUGUUGUUACCAUGGUAACAAGCGGCUGAACUGGAGGGAAGCAGCCAGUUUUAAUGAAUGUUUUAAGCCUCCCGGUGGCUCGUUGUCUGAGAGCCUGACCAUGGAGCAGUGUUGGAGGGUUAGGAGAGCUCACAGAUGCCACGUUAAAAGGGGGAAAGGGUAGUUUUUUUUAACCCAGAAGGGGAACUGACAGAUGGGUUUUACGGUGGCGUCUUCCUCGGAGUUGAUUGAAAUCGAGGGAGGAAAAAAGCCCUGAUCAACUUGUCUUUUAACAGAGAACGGAGGAGACUUUACUGACUGAGAAACUGAGUGAAGGCGGCAGCAGGACAGACAGCUUCAUACAAAGAUAGGAACAUGGAAAAAUCUACAGCGCUCGAUUUAUGAGACAACAACAUCCUCUCUGUCUUUCUGUCUCUGCUCUCGAGCUGAGCUGACUGGUGCCAAGUGGAGAAUCUGGGAUUUACUUGUAGAAAAUCUCGCUCUACUGAAUGUAGAGUUUUAUAAACCAAGGAAUUAACACACACACACACACACACGCAUAAACAAAGUAUGUAUGUUUGUACUGUAUGUACUGUAUGUAUGUUAACGUACAUAGCAGAACAUGUAUGGGCAGUCCUUAACAAAUUCAGUAUGUCUAUAUGCAUUUUUGUAUAUUUUUGUGUACAUUUACGCACAAAUCUAUACCUUAUAUAAAUAUAUACGCAUAGAAAUCUUAUCUAUCCAAUCCAAUAAUGGCUUAAGAGAAUGUAAAACUAAAGAAGGGGAAUGGGUGUGGUGACGCCAUCAAAGAGGAACGUUGUUGUGAUAUUCCGAGUUGUCUUCUUUUUUCUUUUCUUUUUUUGGAUGUUUUGUUUCAUUUUUCUUUCAGGUUUGUAAUGACCUAAUGCAGUUUGCACAGUGGUGUAGCCAUUGACUUGUUGGCACUUGGAGCCAAUGCUUGGAAGCAGGCAGAUAAAGAGACAUUCAGAGAAGAGGAGCGGUGAGGAGAGGCCAGUCCCAGGCUGCGACGAGUCCCGACAGCUGCACAGUGGAGUGGGGAGGGAGCAGGAACUGGGCCCCCAAGCAAAGGACGAGGUUCAGAGGGUUAGAGGGUUAGGACUAGGGCAUGGGGUUAGGAAUUAUCAGUUGAAUUGUGGUUGGGUAGAUUUGACGUUUGUCAAACUGCUGUUGCAGUUCCCAGUUCCUACUUCCCUCACUAUAUGGCUGUUCAUUCAGUUUCCUACCAAGAAGUACCAGUUUCCACCAGCUGUUUUGAUUAUUUUAGUCGAUGUUGUUUCAUUUCAGUCAAAAACUCUGAACUUCCUCAUCACAGCAUCUAACGGCUCUGACUUUUGUACUUGGAGGCAGAGACUUGAAUGAGAGAUCAGCGUUAGUGUUGGGGGAUGCUAAGGCACUGUUAACAUUUCUGAGCAACUUUUUUAGGCAGCUUAUCUUAGCAACCUUGGGCAAGGAAGUGCCUCAACGUUCUAGUAUUACCUUCUUUUUGCCUAAAAGGAAAUUAUUCAAUUUGUUGUCUUAUCUUUGGUCCCUUUUAAGACCCAGGUACAAAUUUGCCAAACAAAAAAAAGGAUUCUCAGAUAAGGGACUGUGAUUGUAACCUGGUCUUGGUGUUAUUAUUAUGAUUAUGGUGUUUUGGUCUGGGACUGGCCUCAGCUACAAACUGCACUUAGCUACUUAAAUAGCUUCACAACCCCUCAACUGCAUUGGGGAAAACCGAAGGAAAGGGAUCACCCAUUUUGUCAAAGUAAAGUUUGUCUGAGUUGAUUCACCCUUAAGCCUUGGGUAUAUUAUUAUAUGAAAGAUAUAUUAAACACAAAUUGAUAUAAAUAUAUAUAUUAUAGAGCUAAUAGUAAAGAUUAUUUUGUAUACCUGAGCAUGCUAUGGUGCUGUAUGCUCUCUAACAGUAGACAUAACCACGGGUUGGAUGUUGCUUUACCGGGAAGGAAGACGAACGAUGGGGACCGUUUUUUUAACUGCUGUUGCUGCUGAACACAAGCAGUAAACAGCGUGUGGUUAAGGAGUUUUCUGAGACCCUGUUCACAUGUGUAGCACCUUAACAAGAGAGCGUCCUGCUGCAGUCAUUGGCCGUUUAAAGUAGGGUUCCACUGAUGAGUGGAACAACACUGCAGCACUUAUGGCAAUGUCUGUAGCUACGUUGGGCCUCAUGCAAGAACACUCUUGUAUUCUCAUCCUCAAUCUCUUUGGCUUUUAUCUGCUCGUACGAGUGUUCAAGCUCAGUCUGUAAUUGUCGUAAAUCACUCUUUUCCACCCGAUGAAUGCCACCUCUUCAUUAGUACAUGAACAUUCACGAGUUGUGAUCAUUAGCAUAAUCAGUGCUCCACAAUUGCUAUAAAAGCCUACCUGUUCUGCUCAAUUCGUGGGUACGUUUCAUUCACAAAAAUGUGACUAAAAAUAGUAAAAAGCAGAAUGAAAAUUUUAAUAAAGCUGUUUAGUGAUGGACAUAAAGAAGAAAUGGUUUGAUAUGAAAUCAAACCAGUGAUUUUUAAAGGUGAGGUGGUCAAUAUAGGGAAAAACCAUGUUGGUUUGCGUUGCGGUUUUAUUCAAGGUUAUAAAUGUUAGCUGACAUUGGGAACAUAUUUAGCCCUAUAGACAAACAAGUAUUUUUGGACUGGAAAAAGUAGUCCAGCACUAUACCAUUUUAAUAUCAGGAGUACCUGCACACUGGAAUCACAGCUCCUUUUAUAAGUUUUAUUAGUGAUGUUUCAGCCAACUGCAGAUCUUCCUCGGGCCUGUGGUUGGUCUGAGGCUACUUCAACUGAAAGACACAAGAACAAAUCUUUGUAUGAGUGUUUCUUGCAUGAUGUCCAUUAUUCAUAGCAAACUACAGAUCAAUGGUGUCAAAGUGAUGUGGACGGGGUCUACACAGAAACAAAGAACUGGGUUUCAGAGGGGACAGCAGUUGAGUCUGAACAGGAUUGGUUUUAGCUGGCCUUAUAUUAUCUUUCUAACUUGUUUCUAAUGCUGACUGUUCAAUACUCUUUGUAUCUCACUUUAGAAAAACAUUGUGUAAAAAAAGAAAGAAAAAAAUUAAAUGUUUGUUUUAUCUGUUAUUUGAAUCAGAACAUGGUAAUAAAAGACAGCGAGCUGUCUAUUUACCGUGACGGGUCACACGAGGUCCUCUUUGUUACUCUGCAAUAUAUCAAAACACCUUUUUGCAGUAUUUUGUAGAUCCAAGACCUCAGCAUUUUUAAAAUCUUCUUCUUUUGUACUAUAUCUAUUCUAUAUAAUUAUACAAGAUCCAGCUCGAUAUGGCUUGUGGACUGAAGUAACAUUUCACCUGGGGUGUCCAAAAUGUAGGGCCGGUGUGCCUGUUACCAACGUGAAAGAGGCCCUCACUAACACACGCACACACACACACACACGCACACACACACACAAACACACACACACUGCUUCACAUAGUCAGAGCUAUGGUUCAGCAUGCCAGUUAUGUUUCACAAUAGACGAUUACACCACCCGGCUUUAAUAAUUACAAGGUCUUUUUCCGUCUUGUUUUGAUAUAAUGUGCUCUAUGCUAUUCCUGUGGCCUUUCAAUAUGAAUAUAUAUCUAAGUAUAUAUAUGUUAUGAAUUUAUAUGCAAAAGUUCCUCUCAUAUUAUAGCAUCAGAGAUAAAGAUAAUACCACCAUGCUUGAAUGGAUUUUCCUUGUCUGUAGUCAUAUCCCACUUACAAUAAGAAAAACGUUGAGGAUUUGAUCUCUUGCACCCUAGGAUUGAAAUAUAUUUCAGUACGGAGCUUUUCUAUUUAAAAGAAUAUGGUUGAUUUCAAGCUGCUUUCUUGUGUUUUUUUGUGUCUUUGUAACAAUGAAAGAGAAAUCAAGUCUUUUUCUCUGUUUGUAAAUUUGCCAGAUCACGGGAACGGCCGUUUCUGUGUCCUUAAACUUGUAGCUACAUCUUGGUGAGAAUGUGCUCGGGAGGGAAAGACGUGAAUGAGUGAGAGCAGAGGAGAGGUGGCGACGUUAAAUACAAAGUGAAAGAAAAAGUGAAUGAUUUUAAAAAUGUUACCUCAGUGAGGAAUUUUUCAGGGAUUUUUUUGACAAUGCAUCUUGCAUCGUGUUACAGCUUCAAACACACGUUGAAUAGCUGUUUUGUAUUGUGCUGUAAACCGUUUUUAAAAAAGAUGCAAUCUGUCUGUGUAUAAAAACAAGGGGCAUGUUAACCGGGGCAGUUUCACCUUUCUGUCUAUUGAAGGAAAUACGAUUGACCCUGUGUAUUGUACAGUAUAUGGAAACAACACAAGACAUGUUUAUACCGCAAAUAAAUAUUGAAAUAUUUUUUUCUUUAA